AUGUUCCGGAACCAGGACAGCAUCUACGUGCUGGCGUACGCGACGAUUAUGCUGAACAGCGACGCGCAUAAUCCGCACGUGGGCUCCAAAAUGACGCUCAACGAUUUCAUUCAGAACAAUCGCGGAAUGGACGACGGCCACGAUUUCGACCGCACCAUGCUGACGAACUUGUACUGGUCGAUCGUGAACAACGAGAUCAAAAUGCCCAAUCAGCUCACGGACAAGAAGAACGUGGUGAUCGAGCUCUCGCCGCAGGAGAAGCACAACCAAAUGCUCCUCAAGGCCGUGCAGACGCACGUGGCGCUGCUCAAGGAGUACCGCUUCUCCUCGCAGAGCUUCGAUCACUGCCGCUCGUCCGACAUCGUGAGCACGCUGUUCCGCUGCCUCUGGCUGGAAUUCUACAUCUACCUCGACAACGUGCUGGUCAAGGGACAUCUGCGCUCUCUCCUCCUCGGCAACUCCCUCGAUACGCUGCGGUUCUGCCUCAUGACGUGCUGGACGCUCCAGAUGGAGCUCCCCGAGAAGUCGUUCAUCGACAUCCUGCGUCGCACGACGGCGUCGCUGCGCGAAAUCCUCAGCAACGAAUCGCUGAACGAAGUGAACUGCGACCUGGACAUCGUGUGCAACGAGAAGGCGGAGAGCAUCACGCGCAUGAUCCACAUGGGCCAGCUUAUCUCCACGCUGCGCGAGCUCUUCGAGACGGCGAUCAGCGCGAUGCAGGUCGAAGACAAGAUGGAGCUGUUCGUGCCCGGCUCGGUCCCGCCGAGCGAAGACCGCAAAUACAUCUACGACCACACGCUCACGAAGAUCACGCACAAGGGAGUCCACAAACAAUACACGGUUCCUCCUCCAUCUCUCCAUGAAGCCUAG